AAUUUGCCAUGAGUCCUAGAUGCCGGUCCUACAACGGCGAAUUCAACAUCCUAUGGCCCACAUCUAAUCUUGUAUAGGCAUGAUGGAUCUGGGGUACCCCGCGGGGGAUCUGUAUAUGUACCCCGUGCUGCGUCGCGUGGCCAUCAAACCAUUAUCCCUCGAUACAAUAAAAUCUCUUUGCAUGGCUCUCCUACUUCAUCGUUAAAGCUCGCAACCAAUCAUCACUACUUCCUUCACUAUGACGACAUACCCCAUCUCAACAACCGCCAUCGUGAGCGACGUCCCCAAAGACGGCCAAGUCCAAUGGCGCAGACAGAGGGUUCAGCUGCGAGCGCCGCGUGAAGACGAGAUUCUGGUACGCAUCAUCGCUUCCGGAAUUUGCCACACGGACCUAGUCCUUUCUUCGAUACCACCAGGCGCACCGGGAUCUUCGCCGUAUCCCAAAAUUCUAGGCCACGAGGGCGCAGGAUUUGUCGAACAAGUUGGAAGUGCAGUCACCCACGUAAAAGAGGGAGACAAAGUACUGUUGAGUUUCGAUUAUUGCGGCAAGAAGGAGUGUCGCGCCUGCACAGAGGAGACUCCUGGGUACUGUGGCGAGUUUCAUGCCAAAAAUAUCUUUAGUGUGCCCGAAGUGUAUCAAGUUGAGGAUGGAGGGCCCGCCAGUGGACUGUUCUUUGGCCAGUCGAGCUUUUCGAGUCUGGCGUUGGUGAAGGGCACAUCGGCGCUCAAUGUGUCGCAGCUGGUAAAGAAUGAGGAAGAGCUGAGGUUGUUCGCUCCAAUGGGAUGUGGGUACCAAACCGGCGCGGCUGCUGUUACUGAGCUCGCAGACGUGACAGAGCAUGAUACCGUCGCUAUAUUUGGGCUCGGUGGCGUUGGUAUGGCCGCAAUCAUGGCCGCAAAGAUACGGGGCGCCAAAACGAUCAUUGGCGUAGAUAGAGUACAAUCCCGUCUGGACCUGGCGAGAGAGAUUGGGGCUACUCACGUGAUUGAUACAUCCAAUCUUCCCUCUCUAGCAGCUGACCUCAAUACGGCAAUCAGAGAGAUCGUCCCGCUAGGGACAAACGCAAAUUUUGACACAACUGGUGUGGUCCCCAUAAUUGAUGGCGGUCUGCAAAGCCUGCAUUCCAAGGGUCAAAUGAUUUUGAUUGGUAUAGUGAAUGGGAAGAGCAUGGAUCUUGACCUGGGCCUACUAUUGAACUACGGAUCUGCAAUUAGAGGUUGCCUCGAAGGCAAUGCGAAGCCAUCCAAGGUAGACGCUCCGGAGGCAUCAAUAGAGACAUGGACUAAUUUUGAAUUUCAGUUCGUACCCCAGAUGAUUGAGUGGUAUCGUGAAGGAAAGUUUCCUAUCGAGAAGUUGUCCAAGACAUACUCGGCCGAGGACUUCGACAAAGCUUUGGCUGAGAUGCAUAACGGAGUGACAAUCAAGCCCAUUUUAUUAUGGAGCAAAGAAAGCUAA